CCGCAGACAGCUAAGACCCCCGUAUAGAUUUAAAGAGAGACUGCGUUCAGAGCCUGACGUUCAUUCAAUAGAGCGAUCAUAAGCAGGCUGGCUAGUGCUCGCUCCCUCUCUCUACUCCCCCUCACGCUGUUUCUGUGUCUCUCGCACUCCCUGCUACACUGAGGAUGUUAAAUCAGAGAAUCCACGCGGGCAUGCUCUUACUCCUGAUGUUUCUGUGCCACUUCAUGGAAGAUCACACAGUGCAGGCUGGGAACUGCUGGCUCCGGCAGGCGAGGAACGGCCGCUGCCAGGUCCUCUACAAAACCGACCUCAGCAAGGAGGAGUGCUGCAAGACCGGCCGCCUGACAACUUCGUGGACGGAAGAGGACGUCAAUGACAACACGCUUUUUAAGUGGAUGAUUUUUAAUGGGGGAGCCCCGAACUGCAUCCCGUGCAAAGAAACAUGCGAGAAUGUGGACUGUGGACCCGGGAAGAAAUGUAAAAUGAACAAGAAGAACAAACCUCGGUGUGUUUGUGCUCCGGAUUGCUCUAAUAUCACUUGGAAGGGCCCCGUGUGUGGCUUAGAUGGGAAAACCUACAGGAACGAGUGUGCCCUUCUCAAAGCCAGAUGUAAAGAACAGCCCGAACUCGAAGUCCAGUAUCAGGGCAAAUGCAAAAAGACCUGUAGGGAUGUUUUAUGCCCAGGCAGCUACACAUGUGUGGUUGACCAAACUAACAACGCCUACUGCGUGACAUGUAAUCGAAUUUGCCCAGAGCCUACCUCCCCUGAACAGUAUCUCUGUGGGAAUGACGGGAUAACUUAUGCCAGUGCCUGCCACCUGAGGAAAGCUACUUGCCUACUGGGAAGAUCCAUUGGAUUAGCCUACGAAGGAAAAUGCAUCAAAGCCAAAUCCUGUGAAGACAUUCAGUGCAGUGCUGGGAAGAAAUGCUUGUGGGAUUUUAAGGUUGGCAGAGGUCGGUGUGCUCUCUGCGAUGAGCUGUGCCCUGAAAGCAAGUCAGAAGAGGCAGUCUGUGCCAGCGAUAACACAACUUACCCAAGCGAGUGUGCCAUGAAAGAGGCAGCUUGUUCCAUGGGUGUGCUUUUAGAAGUAAAGCACUCUGGAUCUUGCAACUCCAUUAAUGAAGAUCCAGAGGAUGAAGAGGAAGAUGAAGACCAGGACUACAGCUUUCCUAUAUCUUCCAUUAUAGAGUGGUAAAACCUCCAUCACUAUUGGAACAGCCAUUGGGCACAAAAUCAAUGUCCAUACUGUAAAUAAGUGUAUGCUUAUUUAUUUUGGGGAGAAAAAAAAAAAAGUAUACAUAUAGUUGAGUCUCGUAGACAUUUAUUUAUACUGUGUCAUGUUUUAUAAUUUAUACAUAAAAUGUCUGGUUGACUGUACACCUUGUUUUGUUUUUUGAAGAAAUUUAUUCCUUACGGGAAGAGCAGUGUUAUUUAUUGUGAGGUCUCUUGCUUGUAAAGUUUUUCUUUUUUUCUUGUGAACUAUACAAGUCCAUUCCUUAGAGCUUACCUACAUGAUCUCAUCUCUUUAUUUCACUGAUGUUAACUCUUUUCCACUUUAACAAACUUGCAUGUCAGUUUCUAGUAUGUUUAUUUAUUGGAUUUUCAUUCUUGCCAGUUCUGUACAUAAAAGAUCCCUCUGGUUUUUGUUUACAAGGAAUCUUGACUGACCAAAAGGUGUUGUAACUGACAAGUGUAUUUCCAGGGUGCAGUGAGGCGAUCUUUAAGGAAACUUCUUCCACUUUUCUCUGCUUCUGAUCACAUCAUGUACUGAAGUGAUCUCCAUGUGCUAAGCAUAUAUAGUGUACUUUACAAAUUACACACCCAAAGAAAUCGGAUUAUGAAGGUUGUUAAUAGCUACAAGGCUACCUGUAAUAAGAAUAAAGGUUUUAUUUUAUUUUUAUUGUUUUAUUAUUUUGUAACAUGCGUGUUUUAUCAGGUGUUUCCUUUAAGAUGGUCUUACAGUACCACUUUCAAAGUUUUCCCAAGCAGUGUGUCACUAAAAGUUAUAUCAAAGCUUUAUUAGUUCAAGUUUCUUGCUUUUCACAGUACUUUUUUUCUGAUGCAAUUUUAUAUUUUCAAACAUGGCGAGUUAAAUAUAAAUUCAUUUAAAUAUAUAGUUUUGUACUUUUCUACCAUGUAAAUGUGCAAUGUAUAUAAAAGUUAUAAUGUGUAUUUGUAAAUAAAUGAUGAGUGAAAAAAAUAAAAAAAUGGAAUUUUCCCUA